AUGCCAUGCACAUCAGCAGGUUACGACUUGGACUUUGUCCAUCAACAACACAAACACGAGCAACAGAAAAACCAAGUUAAAUAUAAUGAAGGUGUUCUAUUGAAAAAGAUACUUUCCGAUAAUUUCUUUGCCUUGAAUGGAGAUACCAAUGAUGAAACAAAUGUAAAGAAGGAAUUGACCAAGUUUGUAAUUGGAAUGUCUUUUCCGAUACAUCAGUAUACACUGAUACCUUUGGAGAUGUAUUUUGUUUGUAGGAGAUUUGUGAAAUUUCCUGUAAAGAGUGUAAAAAUUGAUUAUUUGUAUUAUGAUUUGGAAACAAUUCGGAAAGAGGUUGAGAUUAAUGUUGGACAAAAGUUGGUGGUGGUGUCUGAUUCGUGUGUUGAUAAAUCGUCAUUAUCAAAUGGGACGAAAUAA